AUCUCAGAUGAAGAAGUUUGUUCGACGCUUAUUAUUUUUUGAAUAAAUCUUUAAAUAUAACUAAGUAUAUCCUUACAAUGGCAGUAGUUUUAUUUUUCGUAUUAUUUUUUAUUCAUCUAUUAGCAUCAGAAGGAUUUAAAAUUUUAGGAAUUUGCCCUAGUACAAGUUACAGCCAUCAACAACCAUUUCAAGCCGUAAUGAAGGCCCUUGCAAAUAAAGGUCAUCAAGUUACUGUUAUUUCUCCAAUUACACAAAAGGAACCUAUUAAAAAUUAUAGUCAUAUUGAUGUGUCAUUCACUUAUCGGACGAAAGAUUGCACAAAGUUAAGACACAUGAAUGCAUUUUCAAUUCUUCAAAUGAAUAUGGCUGAGUCUAAUAAAUUAUGUGAGGACCAAAUAAAGAGUGUGGCAGUGCAAAAUCUAAUAAACAGCAAUAAAACAUUUGAUGCUAUAAUCAUAGAACAGUUGUGGUUUCAAUGUUAUUAUGCUUUAGUUAAGCGAUAUAACUUUCCUCUUCUAAUCGGUUUCUUGAGUGUUGGAAAUUUACCAUAUGCUAUGGAUUCUGUGGGUAAUCCAGAUAAUCCACUACUGAAUGCUGACAUGGCAUUUGCAUUUAAUGAUAAAAUGACAUUAAAUGAACGUUUAUGGAAUGUACUAUACACUACGUGGACCAGGAUAUAUUUUAAAUUUAUUCAUUUACCACAAGCUCAGAUAAUAGCAAAUAAAUAUAUUCCUGGGACUUCUGUUUUUGAAGUUGAGAACAAUUUUAGUUUAGUCAUUCUUGGAAACAAUCACAUAUUUGGUUAUCCUAAGCCAUUGUUACCUAAUGUUGUCGAAGUACACAGUCUGCAUAUAAAUGACAAUCCUGCUCAUUUACCUCAGGACAUUCAAGAAUUCCUAGAUAAUGCACCUGAUGGAGUAAUUUAUUUCUCUUUGGGUUCAAAUUUGCAAUCAGAUCAAUUAUCAAACAAUUCAUUAACUGCACUUUAUGGUGCUUUCAGAACAUUAAAGCAAAAAAUUUUAUGGAAGCAUACAGGAAUUCCAACAAUUGAAAUCAAAAACAUAAAAUUUAUAAAAUGGGCACCACAGCAAACUGUUUUGGCACAUAAGAAUACAAAAGUUUUUAUGAUGCAAGGUGGACUCCAGUCGUUGCAAGAAGCUGUGUAUUACGGGGUUCCCUUAAUAUCGAUACCAUUUUUUGGUGAUCAGUUGUUUAAUACACGAAAAAUUAUAGAUUCAAAAAUUGGUCUAUCAUUGGAAGUUGAUGGUAUGACCAGCAAAUCUAUAGUGGAGGUUGUAGAAAAAGUUUUACAAAACUCACAAUAUGUUAUCAACAUAAAGGAGAUGUCUGCUAUGAUAAAGGAUGAAAUGACUAAACCAAUAGAUAAAGUAGUAUGGAACAUAGAACACUUACUUAAAUUUCCAAAAGCUCCUUAUUUUUCUUAUCGAGCAAAAAAUAUAACUUGGUUAGAAUACUAUGGCACUAUUAUAAUUAUUAUUUUCAUUACUUUGUCAUUAUUAACUGUUACAUCGUUUGUUAGUGUGAAAAUAUGCAGACAUGUUUUUGCAAAAAAGUUAUUGAAGAACAUGUUUAAAAAAAAAGUUUUGUAAAUCAAAUACAUAUUAUGGUACUUUUAAUAAGUUAUAGGUACUUCAUAAAUCAAUUAACAAAUUUUAUUUAAUCUUUUAAUU